AUGUCAACUGAUCAAGGCUACAACAUGGCAGUACCUGCCGGCCUUCCGCUCCGCAAUCUCAAUCAUGACUUCAACAACUGCGAUGGCAGCAUUCUAUGUUUCGAGCAGAUGCAGUCGCUGACACUCCACAAUCCUCUCUGGCGCGAAUAUCUUGGAAACCGCAUAGGAUUAGAGCGCCGUUACGGUGAACUGCUUCACUCUUAUGAAGAAGCUUUCGCAGCUUACUUUGGGGGGUUUUACCCCAUUGACUAUGGGGUUACCAUCAGCAAGGCAAUGAACCCGGAAAACAUUGUAAAACUCAUCUUGACUCUUGCAGAGAUCUCCAUGUCUGAGUCAUCAGACUCAUCUGAGAGCCCCUUUACGGAUGAAGACGACACAUUAAAACGACUUGGCUGGGAGGAUAUCCAGGCAAAGCGACCUCGAUGGGCCCUUCUGUCGGACACGUACGCGGCUGCAGCCUCUACCACAGUCUCAAGCUCAGUUAAGCCUUACGGUCACGAUCCGAUACUCCUCCAUACUGAAGGCGUGUCGGACGACGAACUCAGAGAUCAGCUCUACGAAGCCAAAGAGCAAGGCUGCAUAGGAAUCAUUGUUGAAAUCGUCGAAAAUCAAUACAACGGCCGAAUUCUAGACCCCGUACUGUUGGAGCGCUUGGCUUCAAUUUGCGAGGAGGAGAAUCUCCUGCUUGCCGUGGACGAAACAUUAACCGCCAUUCGCUGCGGUGCCCCCUUUUCAUUUCACAGAGAAGAAUACUCCCAUGUUGCAAGCCCUGAUAUCGUAUUCUUUGGGAAAGCCACCGGCAUCCAAGGAACAGCUGUCGACUUCGGCGGCCAGUUUCUGAAGAGGUUGGGCAUUCUUGGAAUAUCGCGGACAGUGGCAGUCAAAAAAUGGCAGAGCCAAUUUCAGAAGCCAGUUGCUACCGCGGACCUCAUCCAAGCUCUGGCUACGCUCGACUUAACCAUCAGAGGAAACCUUACAAUGGCCCAAAAGCGAGGGCAUGAAGUGAAGCCUCACGAUAUUCUGGGCGGUUUAGAAAGCUUGAUUUUUGUGCGAAAAGACAUUGCUGGCGAGUUUCUAGUCAUGGGUGCUAAGACGGCGGGAUCGUGGAUCCCGUGGGUGAAGUGGCUACCGAGGCUUGAAUCGGACAUGUCCAGAGGCGAGGUUCUUGAUGAGAUUGUCGGUACUGCAAGUCGCCAGGCUCGAGAAGAUCUUUCUGAAAUACUGAUUGGUGCCGGCGGUGCUGCAUUGCCGUCUGUGACGACGAUGUUUGCGGCCGUCACUUAA